UCCGAUGCUUUGUUGUACAGAGGGGUCGGAUGGGGGAAGGGCCCGAGCCGUGCAUGAUACAGAUAAAACUUGCUUAUGGCUCUCUCGGUCGAUGGGGAACUGUGACAGGACGCAAAAGGAAAAGGGAUCUUUCUCCUCACGACUGAAGCGUUCGUACACUGUCGGGACCACAAUGAUAUAAUCACAAAAAAGGGGAAGACGGGAGGACAGCCGAAGUUGGACCGGCGGAGAUGAGCGGGGCCGUGAUUGCGGCGAUAUACCGAGGUGUUGUUCUGCUAUUGUUGCGCUGCUCGCGUGUUCCAGUUGGAUUUUGAGACGGUAUCCCUGUCUAUGUCUAGCCCCUGGCUGUGGAGAUUGUUCUGAAAGGAAAAGGACAACAAACGGGGGAAGUGAACAUGGCUGGGACCUCGGGCUUCUUUUCCAACGGACCCAUUCCGUGGAUUGAGAGUGACACCGAGAUGAACAAUCUUUACCGGGAUCUGGAAUUGGGGACCGUGUUGACUUUGUUUUACUCCAAAAAGUCCCAGCGACCUGAGAGAAGGACAUUUCAGGUCAAACUUGAGACGAGGACAAUUAUCUGGACCCGAGGCACUGAUAAAAUAGAGGGAGAAAUUGAUAUCCGAGAGAUAAAGGAGAUCCGAGCGGGCCAGAAGUCUCGGGACUUUGAGCGCUAUGUGGAGGACGCUACAGCACGACUAGACCAGGCUCACUGCUUCGUCAUCCUACACGGCACUGAGUUCCGCCUCAAAGCACUCAGCCUAGCGGCGACGUCUGAUGAGGAGAUGACCAUGUGGGUGAAGGGGCUGACCUGGCUGGUGGCAGACACACUCAAAUCCCCCACCCCUCUACAGAUAGAGAGGUGGUUACGGAAGCAGUUUUAUGCAGUAGAUCGCAACAGAGAAGACAAGAUAUCCUGUAAGGAUCUGAAGAGCAUGCUGUGCCAGGUUAACUACAGGGUCCCCAACAUGAAGUUCCUCAGAGAGAAACUUCCGGACUCAGAGUUGAGGAAUGGAGACGUGUCCUUUAGCCAGUUUUCCCAGCUCUAUCGCAGCCUGAUGCUUGAUGCCCAGAAAGCUAUGGAGAUUCCUUUUCUACAGAGGUUCAUUGAGAGACCAGAGCAGAAGAUCUUACUAGAAGACUUCAAGACUUUCCUUCUGGAGGCCCAGAAGGAGCUGUGGGCCACCGACAACAAUAAGGUGCAGGAGUUUAUGUUUGGGUACCUGAAGGACCCACUGAGGGAGGUGGAACAACCCUUCUUCCACCAAGAUGAGUUCCUGACGUACCUAUUUUCCAAAGAGAACACCGUCUGGGACUCAGCCCUGGACCAGGUGUGUCCUGAAGACAUGAACAACCCCCUGUCUCAUUACUGGAUAUCCUCAUCUCAUAACACCUACCUGACAGGUGACCAGUUUUCUAGUGAGUCGUCCCUGGAAGCGUACGCACGCUGUCUGAGGAUGGGCUGCCGCUGCAUCGAGUUGGACUGCUGGGAUGGUCCAGAUGGAAUGCCUGUCAUCUACCAUGGACACACCCUCACCACCAAGAUCAAGUUCUGUGAUGUCCUGGCGACCAUCAAGGAACACGCCUUUGUGACGUCUGACUACCCCAUCAUCCUGUCCAUAGAGGAUCAUUGCAGCAUUGUCCAGCAGAGGAACAUGGCUACCUACUUUAAGAAGGUCUUUGGAGAAAUGCUGCUUACCAAGGCUGUGGACAUCUCCGCCGACGGACUGCCCUCACCCAAUCAGCUUAAGAGGAAGAUCCUCAUCAAGCAUAAGAAGCUAGCAGAGGGCAGUGCCUAUGAGGAGGUGUCCACCUCCACUCCCUACUCUGAGAAUGACAUCAGCAACUCCAUCAAGAAUGGCAUUCUCUUCCUGGAGGACCCCAUCAACCAUGAGUGGUACCCUCACUUCUUUGUCCUGACCAGCAGUAAGAUUUACUACUCGGAGGAGACGUCUAACAACCAAGGCAACGAGGAUGAGGAGGAGCACAGAGAGGUCUCUAACGGUAUGGAUCAACAUAUAGCAGAGAAGUGGUUCCAUGGGAAGCUUGGUGCUGGUCGGGACGGGAGACAGAUAGCUGAGCGGCUGCUGUCCGAGUACUGUCUUGAGACGGGCGCUCCCGACGGGUCCUUCCUGGUCCGGGAGAGUGAGACGUUCGUAGGAGACUACACCUUGUCCUUCUGGCGUUCAGGCCGGGUGCAGCAUUGUCGCAUCCACUCUCGCCAGGAGGCGGGCAGCCCCAAGUUCUACUUGACAGACAACCUGGUGUUUGACACGCUAUUCGCCCUCAUCAUCCACUACCAGCAGGUAGCGCUGCGCUGUAACGAGUUUGAGAUGAAGCUGACUGAGCCUGUGCCCCAGACCAACGCCCACGAAAGCAAAGAGUGGUACCAUGCCAACCUGUCUCGGAGCCACGCUGAGAACAUGCUGAUGAGGGUUCCACGUGACGGGGCGUUCCUUGUUAGAAAAAGGGCAGAGCUAAGCUCCUUUGCCAUUUCCUUCAGGGCAGAGGGGAAGAUCAAGCACUGCAGGGUGCAGCAGGAGGGCCAGACGGUGGUGUUGGGGACGUCGGAGUUCGACAGCCUGGUGGAUCUCAUCAGUUACUACGAGAAACACCCGUUGUACCGCAAGAUGAAGCUCCGCUACCCUAUCAAUGAGGAGACGCUGGAGAAGAUAGGCACCGCUGAGCCAGAUUACGGGUCUCUGUAUGAGGGGCGGAACCCUGGGUUCUACGUAGAAGCCAAUCAGAUGCCCACCUUCAAGUGCACAGUGAAGGCCAUGUAUGAGUACAAGGCCCAGAGGGAUGAUGAAUUGUCCUUCAGUAAGAACGCCAUCAUCCAAAACGUGGACAAACAGGAAGGAGGCUGGUGGAAGGGGGACUGUGGUGGGAAGAAGCAGCUGUGGUUUCCUGCUAACUAUGUAGAGGAGAUCAGUCCUUCAGCUGUGGAGCCAGACAGAUCACAGCUGACAGAGAACAGUCCUCUGGGAGACCUGCUGAGAGGAAGUGUAGAUGUGUCUUCCUGUCAGAUUGUGGUGCGGCCUGAUGGUAAGGGAAGCAGGCUGCAUGUGUUCUCCCUCCUCCCCGCUGCCUCUCCUAGGGCAGGGCAGGUCUUGGACAUUGCUGCCAAUACCCAGGAGGAGCUCAAGGAGUGGGUCAUCAAGAUCAGAGAGGUCACCAUGACAUCAGAGGCCAAGCUGGAGGAGGGGAAGAUGAUGGAGAGAAGGAAGAAGAUCGCUCUGGAGCUGUCUGACCUGGUCAUCUACUGUAGACCUGUACCCUUCGACGAGGACAAGAUUGGGACAGAGCGGGCGUGUUUCCGGGACAUGUCGUCGUUCCCGGAGACCAAGGCAGAGAAGUAUGUGAACCGGAUCAAGGGGAAGAGGUUCCUGCAGUACAACCGGCUGCAGCUGUCCCGUAUCUACCCCCGUGGACAGAGGCUGGACUCCUCCAACUACGACCCUCUGCCCAUGUGGCUCUGUGGAUCCCAGCUGGUCGCGCUAAACUUCCAGACUGCAGACAAGCCCAUGCAGAUGAACCAGGCUCUGUUCAUGUUGAACGGGAGGAGUGGCUACGUCCUCCAGCCACCAAUCAUGAGAGACGACAACUUUGACCCCUUUGACCGACACACACUGAGGGGCCUGGAGUCAGUCACCCUGCAGAUAGAGGUGUUGGGUGCUCGUCAUCUGCCUAAACACGGUCGUGGCAUCGUGUGCCCCCUGAUCGAGAUCGAGGUGUGUGGCGCAGAAUAUGACAGUGCCAAGCAGAAGACUGACUCAGAGGCGGAUAAUGGUCUGAACCCCACGUGGCCUCGGAAGCCUUUCCAGUUCACCGUGUGUAACUCUGCCUUUGCCUUCCUGCGCUUUGUGGUGUACGAGAUUGACAUGUUCAGCGACCAGAACUUCCUGGCCCAGGCCAGCUUCCCCAUCAACAGCCUCAAGACAGGAUACCGGUCGGUCCCUCUGAAGAACAGCUGUAAUGAGGAUCUGGAGCUGGCCUCUCUGCUGGUGCACAUGGACAUCACCCGGAGCAGGGCUGAAAAUGGGGAGGUGCUGAGCCCGUUUCUGCCGGUAGGAGGUGUCUCUGCGGCGGUGGUUACCCAGACAGGGCGUGAGCGUCUUGGGGAGACAGGCUCCACGUCCUCAGCCUCCUCCAUGUCCCCUCUGCCCCAGUCGCCAGCAGCCCAGACCCAGGCUCAGACACAGGCCUACAGAGGCAGGGAGGGCUCCUUCGAGGCCCGCUACCAGACACCUCUGGAUGACUUCAGAGUAUCACAGGAGGCUCUGCUGGACCUAGACCCUCAGAACAGGAGGUAUGUGUAAGGAGGAUGAUGCGCAGGACCAGAGUGGGCGGAGAGAACCGUGUUUAGGCCGAACCAAUCAGGGCGCAUUCCAACCCCUCCAGCUCCUCCCCGUACCGAUGAUGUCACUGACUGCUGUGAACACUGUUUCUAUGGAAACACCCACCACCGCUUUGGCCUACAUUUCAGGCAGCUCUCCCUUGCUCUGCUCUCUUUCUCUCCUCUGUGUGUCCCCCUCCUGGAGUGAGUGUGAGGUGGAGGGGGUGGGAAGGGAAGGGAGAGAGACGACAAAGAUGACAAGAAAAAAAUAAUACGCAAAGAAGUUUCAGCCCUCGGCUAAGAUGUCGGGAGAUGGGGGAUUUUGGCGUGCUUGACUCUGGCGCAAAGGUUUGCGAGGGAAAGAAGAAUGGAAGAGGGAGGGAUGAGAUGGAGGGAGCUGUGAAGGUGUCAGUUUGAAACUGUUUUCCACGUUAGGUUAUUAUUUUUCUCUUCUCUCUGGCGUAUAUGAGUAUAUAUAUUUAUUCCUGCUGUGCUGUUGGCCAGACGACGGCAGCAGCCAACCUGCUCUUAAAGAGCUUCUGUCUCCAUGUUUUUUUAAUUAUUUUUAUUUAAACUUUUAAACAUUCAUGUGAUUUUUCUUUAAUGUGUAAAACACGAGGGCUCUCUGUGGAGUAACUCAAGCCUUUAUAUAUAUAUAUAUAUACACAUAGGCUUUUCUUAUUUUGCCAAACUUGCAUUCUGAAAACUACGGGUCAUUCCGUUGCCUGCCUUGUGAUGUAAAAGCAGUUUCUCUUAACAGUCUCUAACAGUAAAAACACUCACACUCUUACCCCCUAUACACUAUUCAAUCUGGAAAGCUGAAGUGUUAGAUUCCGUGAUAGAAAUGUGAAGGUAAUUGAGCCGACAAAUGCAGCAUUUACAGUGAAAGCAGAGACUGCAAACGCGGGAACAUUGUCUUUAAAUUCCAAUCACGCUGUAAAACUGAACUUCUGCGAUGUGGCUUGAAUAGAGCCCAAAUAUAGAACCUUGUCAAAUGUGCUACCCUAUUUGGAGAUUAGCAUGGCAUUAUUUUCCCUUUUUAGGAUGCCAUACUGCAUUGUAGAGUGCUGGAAUGAAAGUUGUGUCAGUAAGCAAUGCUGUGAGUUCAAAUGCUAGUGAUGAAGUCACAUCCUUAAUGUUUUAUCUCUGUUUCAAUGUGGAUAUAUGACGGCGGGAGGAGAGACGGGGUGCCACUGGAUGCAGUGUGUUGUAUUCAGUUCUGCCCACACGUUUACAAGACGGGCUUGGUUUUAGCAGACAUUCCGGUGCCAGCGCAGAGCGAUGUUUUUGUUUUAAAUAAUGUUUUAUUGUAGCAAGUGUCUACAGUUUCUGCUCUGGACUUCAAUACAUUUCCACUUGGAAUGAAAGGCGAGGUCAAUGGAAGACAUUAGUUAUCUUUGUUUACCUAUGUGUUAAAGUUGUCUAAAUUGUAGACCGUCUUAACUGGUUUUGAGGGCUUGCGUGUAGAUAAUCUUAGAGUAGAGCGCGCUAGGAAGUCGACUAACCUAAUUAAGUGCAGUAUUGCUGGCCGAGAAAGACCUAACUGAAAUCCUAUAGACAGUAUCGAUUUGAAAGGCUGUAGGUCGGUGGUUCUUGUAUGCAUAUUAUUCAGCUGAGGGGAUGUUUGUCUUUUCCAUUGCGGCAUUCCGGAUGCUCCCAAAGAUUCUUUCAGCACAGCUGUUUGCCACAGAACUGCUGAUUAAGACUUCUGUAUUAGACAUGAAAGGGUUAAAUCACUGUGGUCUAUAGUGACAUGACUCAGCCUGCAGGGGUCAUAACAGCACAUUUUUUAUGUAAUUCAAGUGAGAUGAGUCAAUUUGUAAAUCUCCAUAGCAGAUCUUACUGAAUGUAUAUCGGUGUUGUUCCUGAAAGCUCAAUUGAUCAUUCCUGACUGACAAACGCCCCCAGUCGGUGGUUUAAUGGAAGUUGCUCUCAGCAACCAAUCUAAGGUCAUGCACUUUUGUGCUUACCCCCACAAUGGUUUAGGCUGGGAGUAGGGGACGCCGGAGUCAUUUCACUUGAUAUGCAAUGCCCCUCUUGAGCAGACCAUACAGUCUAAAAACAGUAUUUAGAAUGUUAUGCCAUGGAGGGAAUCUCCUUUUGAAGCCAUAUGGAUUUAGUUAAGUGGAACUGAAUACCUAAGGUCUGAAUCUUCCCACCUUUUGUUUUGCGGCCAAUGUCAAACUUUCACGGUAAGGUUGAGGGAAUGUGUGCAUGCACACACACUUUCGCUCUGUUGUCCCUGUUGUGCUACAUAGCUCCUAAUGCUGACCACUGUGCUUUCUUCCAUGGGCCUCGACGUACACAACCAUAUAUCUACAUUGUUCUUUCAGAAAUCCUGUUGUCAUCUACGGUUUCUUUUGAUCUAGACACAUCACAAUUGUGACUGACGGUCUCAUUUACAAACCAAGCCUUUCUGUAUUGUGCCUAAGCUAUGGAGAAAAAGUAUUCAUUUUAAUUUUGCCUUUCAUAUGCAACAUAUUCAAGCCUGAGAAUUAAAGUACUUAAUCAACUAUGA